AUGCACCGUCUCAUCCACUCACCCUCACCAGACAUCAACCAACACACGAACUCACCAACUUACACCAGACACCUUCCAACACACGAACUCACCACCUUACACCAGUCACCUACCACCACACGAACCUACCAACUUUCACCAUACACCUACCACCACACGAACUCACCACCUUACACCAGACACCUAUCAACACACAAACUCACUACCUUACACCAGACACCUACAAACACACGAACUCACCACCUUACACCAGACACCUACCACCACACGAACUCACCACCUUACACCAGACACCUACCACCACACGAACUCACCACCUUACACCAGACACCUACCACCACACGAACUCACCAACUUACACCAGACACCUACCACCAUACGAACUCACCACCUUACACCAGACACCUUCCAACACACGAACUCACCACCUACCACCACACGAAGUCACCACACGAAGUCACCACCUUACACCAGACACCUUCCAAUGCACGAAAUCACCACCUUACACCAGACACCUACCAACACACGAACUCACCACCUUACACCAGACACCUUCCACCACACGAACUCACCAACUUACACCAGACACCUUCCAACACACGAACUCACCACCUUACACCAGUCACCUACCACCACACGAACCUACCAACUUUCACCAUACACCUACCACCACACGAACUCACCACCUUACACCAGACACCUAUCAACACACAAACUCACUACCUUACACCAGACACCUACAAACACACGAACUCACCACCUUACACCAGACACCUACCACCACACGAACUCACCACCUUACACCAGACACCUACCACCACACGAACUCACCACCUUACACCAGACACCUACCACCACACGAACUCACCAACUUACACCAGACACCUACCACCAUACGAACUCACCACCUUACACCAGACACCUUCCAACACACGAAGUCACCACCUUACACCAGACACCUACCACCACAUGAACUCACCAACUUACACCAGACACCUUCCAACACACGAACUCACCACCUUACAUCAGACACCUACCACCACACGAACUCACCAACUUACACCAGACACCUACCACCACACAAACUCACUACCUUACACCAGACACCUACAAACACACGAACUCACCACCUUACACCAGACACCUACCACCACACGAACUCACCACCUUACACCAGACACCUACCACCACACGAACUCACCACCUUACACCAGACACCUACCACCACACGAACUCACCAACUUACACCAGACACCUACCAACACACAAACUCACUACCUUACACCAGACACCUAA